UUCCACUUGAGAUUACAAGAGAAGUAAGAAAGGGAAGAUGGAAAAUUUAAAGCUUGAAGAAGCAACGAAGAAGGCCGGAGAGAAGUAUCGGUCGUUCCUCCAUGAAGAAUCCGAGAACACUGUUUGGAGACACGGUGGUCCUCCCAAUUUUGAUGUCGUUAACCAGCUCUUCGAAGAAGGCCGAACCAAGGUGUGGGAAAAGGGAUCAAUAGAAGAAACUGUUCAAAAUGCAAUAAAGUCAUGGGAGAUGGAGCUGAGCCACAAGAUUCGUAUUCAAGACUUUAAGACCAUCAAUCCAGAUAAGUUCAAGCUCAUUGUCAACGGGAGGGAGGGGUUAUCGGCGGAGGAAACAUUGAAGGUGGGGAGUUACAAUGCAUUGCUCAAGAGUACUCUUCCAGAACAGUACCAGUAUUACAAAGCAGAACAAGAGACCUUCGAAUCGUCUCACGAUGUUUUCCGAUCGGCAUUUCCUCGUGGAUUUGCGUGGGAGGUCAUCAGCGUUCAUUCCGGACCACCGGUGAUAUCAUACAAGUUCCGGCAUUGGGGUUACUUCGAAGGUCCGUUCAAAGGAAAUGCUCCUACCGGCGAGAUGGUUGAGUUCUUCGGCAUGGGCAUCCUCAAGGUUGAUGAAUCAUUGAGAGCUGAAGAUGUUGAGAUCUAUUACGAUCCAGCAGAUCUUAUCUCGAAGCUACUCAAAGGAUCGUUGAUCUCAGAACAUGAAAACGGUAUCGCUGAUUCGUCUGCGGCAAACACCGGUAGUUGCCCCUUUCAAAAGCAAGCAUGAUCCGGUGAGAUCUGUUGGCUUUCCGUGAUCUUCUAGCGUGUGUGUUUUGUUUCUAGUAUCAAAUUUGAGCCAAUUGAAUCCAGAUGAACACAUAUACUUGGAUUUAGCGACCUUGAUCUUCUGGCAUUUUCGAUCGAAUUUUGAACGGAUCGACAUGAUUAAUAAUCUGUAUCAAUGGAUCAUAUGUUGGUGAAUAAAGCAUAUUUAAUUUUUAAA